GCGUCUUCAACAACAACAGCUAGUCAUCCACCUCGGCAGCUUGCUAGCUAACAGCUGAAACACUACAUUUCUUGAGCCACUGUCGGGUGUAUAUUCGCCACUGUGUUUGAAACACAAGUCUGUCGUAUAGCGGGUUGCCGCAUUUAAUUUCAUUUUACGCUGCUAGUAGUCAGCUAGCUGACUGGUUAAAUCAGAAGUAGCACUUGGCUAAUCAUUAAUGCUAACCAGCUAACGUUAGCUAACUAACAUCCCAGACCAUGAGUUCACUAAGCUGCUCUCCUCCUGUUAAAGAAGAGGAGGUCUGCUGGACGGAGGAAGAAGCUCUGGUGAAAGAGGAGGAGGAAGAGGAGGAUGUCACAGUUAAACAAGAUGUAGAGGAUGAGGCUGUUACAGUGAAAGAAGAGGAAGAAGCUUUCAGAGUGAAGGAGGAGCAGCAGGCUGCAGUGUUUGGAGUGAAAGAGGAGGAGGGGGAGUUGACGGUCACAGUGGAAGAAGUGUUUGGAGUUAAGGAAGAAGGGGAGAUUACUGUCACAUUGGAUGAGGAAGAGGGAGAAUUAGAGAAGACUGGAAAUCUGAUCAACACCAGAGAGAGACCUGACUCUCACUCUGACAGUGGGAAGACUCCUUCAGGUGAAUCAGAGCCAGAGAUGUCCAAACCAGCGAGACCACACCACUGCUCUCAGUGUGGAAAGAAAUAUACCAGGUUAUGGAACCUGAAAAGGCAUGAGAGAACACACACAGGAGAAAAGCCUUUCAAAUGCUGCCAGUGUGGAAUGUGUUUUACCCGGUUAGGGUACCUUAAAGACCAUAAGAGAACACACACAGGAGAGAAGCCUUACCGCUGCUCUCAGUGUGGGAAGAGUUGCACCCAGUUAGGGAAUUUGAGAAUGCAUGAGAGAAUACACAUAGGAGAGAAGCUUAACCAAUGCACUAAAUGUAGAAAGAGAUUUUCCUCUUCCGAAUACCUAAAAAUACACAAGAGAAUACACUCAGGCAAGACACCUUAUACCUGCUCUCAGUGUGCAAAGAGUUUUACCCGAUUAGGGUCCCUGAAACGACAUGAGAGAACACACAAGUCUUUCCACUGCUCCCUGUGUGGAAAGUAUUCUACAGAGUUAGGCAACCUGAAAAAACACGAGAGGACACACUCAGGAGAAAAGUCUAGUUUUUCCUCAUUGAAUUAUCUGAAAAAACAUAAAAUAAUUCACUCUGGAGUACCACCUUACCAGUGCUCAGACUGUGGGAAGAGAUUUAGCCGAUUAAACCAUCUGAGACGGCAUGAGAGAACACACUCAGGAGAGAAGCCCUACCAAUGCUCCCAGUGUGGAAAGAGUUUUACCCAAGCUGCACACUUGAAAUACCAUAAAAGAACACACACAGGAGAAAAACCUUACCAUUGCUCCCAGUGUGGAAAGAAUUUCACCAUGUCAUGUAACCUGAAAAAACAUGAGAGAAUACACUCAGGAGACAAGCCCUAUCAAUGCUCCCAGUGUGGAAAAACAUUUACCCAGCUAGGGGACAUGAAGAAACAUAAGAGAAUACACACAGGAGAAAAACCCUAUCACUGCUCCCACUGUGGAAAGAGAUUUACCUCAUCAGGGGACCUGAAAAAGCAUAAGAGGACACACACAGGAGAAAAACCUUACCAUUGCUCGCAGUGUGGAAAGAGUUUCUCAGAGUCAAGUAACAUGAAACAACAUGAGAGAAUACACACAGGAGAGAAGCCCUACCACUGUUCCCACUGUGAAAAGAGUUUUACCUCAUCAGGGACCCUGAAAUAUCAUGAGCUAACACACUCUGUAAUGAAGCGUUUCCAGGGUUCUCAUUGUGAAAGGAGUUUUAAGAAGUUAGGGAAACUGAAACAGCGGGAGAAAAUACCCACUAGGGAGAAGCCUUUUGGAACUGCUCCCACUGUGGAAUGACAUGUACCUGGUUAAGGCAACUGAAGUUACAUGAAAGAAUCCACACGGGAGAGAAACCUUACCAAUGCUGCUCCCACUGUGGAAUGACAUGUACCUGGUUAAGGCAACUGAAGUUACAUGAAAGAAUCCACACGGGAGAGAAACCUUACCAAUGCUGCUCCCACUGUGGAAUGACAUGUACCUGGUUAAGGCAACUGAAGUUACAUGAAAGAAUCCACACGGGAGAGAAACCUUACCAAUGCUGCUCCCACUGUGGAAUGACAUGUACCUGGUUAAGGCAAAUGAA